CGCUCGCCGCCGAGGCUCCGUGCGGCGUAGCGCCGGCCGGGCGUCCCUGUGCAGCCUCCGCCAGCCGCAGAUGGGGGAGGUGGAGCCGGGCCCCGCGGGCCCGCUCGAACCUCCGGAGCCGCCCGAAGCGCCCGCGAGCCGCCGGCCGGGCGGGAUCCGGGUCCUGAAGAGAACUAUGAAACGCAAUGGGAGCAGACAUUGUCUGAAUAGGAGAAGUAGGUUUGGCUCUCGAGAGAGAGACUGGCUGAGAGAAGAUGUGAAGAGAGGCUGUGUUUACCUGUACGGAGCAGACACCGCCACGGCCACUGCAGUCAGCGCCUCCUCCGCUGCCUCCUCCUCCUCCGACUUACAUCUUGUCCUUUGCACAGUAGACACGCCAACGUCAGAAAUUUGUGCUGGAGAGGGAAGGGAACGUCUUUAUUUGCAGCUUCAUGGAGACCUGGUCAGGAGACUGGAACCUACUGAACGACCUCUUCAGAUUGUUUAUGAUUACUUGUCCGGGCUGGGGUUUGAUGACCCUGUGCGCAUACAGGAGGAGGCGGCAAAUCCUGACCUUGGCUGUAUGCUUCGAUUUUAUGGUGAAAAACCGUGCCAGAUGGAUCAUCUGGAUCGAAUCCUUCUGUCUGGCAUCUAUAAUGUACGAAAGGGAAAGACCCAGCUGCAUAAGUGGGCUGAACGCCUGGUUGUUCUCUGUGGCACCUGCCUCAUCGUUUCCUCAGUGAAGGAUUGUCAGACUGGAAAGAUGCACAUUUUGCCUCUGGUUGGGGGAAAGGUAGAAGAAGUGAAGCGACGUCAGUACUGCCUUGCAUUCAGCUCAGCUGGAGCCCAAGCUCAGACCUAUCACGUCAGCUUUGAGACUUUGGCUGAGUACCAGAGAUGGCAGCGGCAAUCAUCCAAGGUGGUGUCCCAGCGUAUCAGUACCGUGGACCUCUCGUGUCACAGCCUUGAGGAGGUUCCUGAGCAUCUCUUCUACAGUCAAGAUAUCACCUACCUCAACUUGCGACACAACUUCAUGCAAUUAGAAAGACCAGGGGGCCUUGACACUUUCUACAAAUUUUCUCAGCUUAAGGGCCUGAACUUGUCCCAUAAUAAGCUUGGGUCAUUUCCUGUACUGUUAUGUGAAAUUUCUACCCUGACCGAGCUCAACCUUUCCUGUAAUGGAUUCCACGACCUGCCGAGUCAGAUUGGCAAUCUGCUGAAUCUUCAAACCCUCUGUCUUGAUGGCAACUUUCUGACUACUUUACCUGAAGAAUUGGGAAAUCUGCAACAGCUUUCCUCCCUGGGAAUUUCCUUCAACAACUUUAGUCAAAUUCCCAAGGUUUAUGAGAAACUCACUAUGUUAGAUAAAGUGGUUAUGGCAGGAAACCAACUGGAAGUGCUAAACCUGGGGGUGCUGAACUGUAUGAGCCACGUCAAACAUGUGGAUUUGAGGAUGAACCAUCUGAAAACCAUGGUUAUUGAGAAUCUGGAGGGAAAUAAGUACAUCACCCACAUGGAUCUGCGGGACAAUCGGCUGACUGACUUAGAUCUUAGCUCCUUGUGCAACUUGGAGCAGCUGCAUUGUGAGCGCAACCAGCUGAGGGAGCUGACGCUCAGCGGCUUCUCCCUUCGAACUCUCUACGCCAGUUCGAACAGGCUGACAGCAGUGAAUGUCUAUCCAGUACCCAGUCUGCUCACUUCUCUAGAACUCUCCCGAAACCUGCUUGAGUGUGUCCCUGACUGGGCCUGUGAAGCAAAGAAGAUAGAAAUAUUAGAUGUGAGCUAUAAUCUCCUGACAGAGAUUCCUAUGAGAAUCCUUAGUAGCUUGAGUCUUAGAAAACUAAUGGUGGGACACAAUCACGUGCAGAACCUUCCAGCGCUGGUGGAGCACAUCCCUCUCGAGGUGUUGGAUAUUCAGCAUAACUUGCUCACCAGGCUGCCAGAUACACUCUUCUCUAAGGCCUUAAAUCUCAGAUACUUGAAUGCAUCUGCAAAUAGUCUGGAGUCUCUGCCAUCCACUUGCACUGGGGAGGAGAGUCUGAGUGCACUGCAGCUGCUCUACCUGACCAACAACCUCCUGACAGAUCAGUGUGUGCCCGUCCUGGUGGGGCACCCGCACCUGCGAAUCUUGCAUCUUGCAAACAACCAGCUACAGACUUUUCCCGCAAGCAAACUAAAUAAAUUGGAGCAAUUGGAGGAACUGAACCUAAGUGGCAACAAGCUUAAAACCAUCCCCACGACCAUCGCAAACUGCAAAAGGCUGCACACUCUGGUGGCGCACUCCAACCACAUUAGCAUUUUCCCGGAAAUACUGCAGUUGCCUCAGAUACAGUUUGUAGACCUAAGUUGCAACGACUUGACCGAAAUCCUGAUUCCAGAGGCUCUGCCUGCUACUUUACAAGACCUGGACCUAACUGGAAAUACAAAUCUGGUUCUGGAACACAAGACACUAGACACAUUUAGCCAUAUCACCACCCUGAAAAUUGAUCAGAAACCUUUGCCAACCACUGAUUCUACAGUUACAUCAACCUUCUGGAGCCACGGACUGGCUGAGAUGGCAGGGCAGAGAAACAAGCUAUGUGUAUCUGCUCUAGCUGUGGAUAACUUUGCAGAGGGCGUGGGAGCUGUGUAUGGCAUGUUUGAUGGGGACCGAAAUGAGGAGCUCCCUCGCCUACUCCAGUGUACCAUGGCAGAUGUGCUUUUGGAAGAGGUACAGCAGUCAACAAAUGACACAGUUUUCAUGGCUCACACCUUCUUGGUAUCUCACAGGAAAUUAGGAAUGGCUGGCCAGAAGCUGGGCUCUUCUGCUCUCCUUUGUUAUAUCCGCCCUGACACUGCCGAUCCAACAAGUAGCUUUAGCUUGACUGUGGCCAACGUUGGCACGUGCCAAGCAGUCCUGUGCCGAAGUGGGAAGCCAGUGCCCCUGUCUAAAGUCUUCAGCCUGGAACAGGACCCGGAGGAGGCCCAGAGGGUGAAGGACCAAAAGGCCAUCAUAACAGAGGACAACAAAGUGAACGGGGUGACCUGCUGUACCCGGCUGCUGGGCUGUACAUACCUCUACCCUUGGAUCCUCCCCAGGCCCCACAUAUCUUCCACUCCACUCACCAUUCAGGAUGAGUUGCUGAUUCUGGGAAACAAAGCAUUGUGGGAACACUUGUCAUACACAGAAGCAGUCAACGCAGUAUGCCGUGUACAAGACCCAUUAGCGGCUGCCAAGAAGCUGUGCACAUUAGCGCAGAGCUAUGGUUGUCAGGACAACGUGGGUGCGAUGGUGGUUUAUUUGAACGUUGGUGAGGAAGGCUGCACUUGUGAAAUGAAUGGGCUCACCCUCCCAGGUCCUGUGGGAUUUGCUUCAACCGCCGUCAUCAAGGACCCGCCCAAGCCGACCACUCCUUCCUCCAGUAGUGGUGUCGCCUCUGAGUUCAGCAGCGAGAUGUCCACUUCCGAGGUGAGCAGUGAGGUGGGAUCCACUGCUUCUGACGAACAUAACACUGUUGGCCUGGAUGCUGGCUUGCUUUCGAGGCCAGAGAGGCGCUGCAGCCUCCACCCAACGCCCACAUCAGGGGUGUUUCAGCGCCAGCCUUCUUGUGCGACUUUCUCCAGUAACCAGUCUGACAACGGCCUGGACAGUGAUGACGACCAGCCCGUUGAAGGGGUCAUGACAAACGGCAGCAAGGUGGAAGUAGAGGUAGAUAUCCACUGCUGUAGGGGGAGGCAGCUUGAGAACUCUCCCGCUCUCAGGGAGAAUUCUCCUACCCCGUGCCUCGAGGAACGUGCUAGAGGAUUAGCUUUUGGGAUCCGAAGACAGAACAGUGUGAAUAGUGGCAUCCUUCUGCCAGUGAGCAAAGACAAGACGGAGUUACAGAAGUCUCCCUCCACUUCCUGUCUCUACGGAAAGAAACUCUCCAACGGCUCGAUUGUGCCCCUGGAAGACAGCCUGAACCUCAUCGAGGUGGCCACGGAAGCACCCAGGAAGAAAACUGGCUAUUUUGCUGCCCCCGCUCAGCUGGAGCCAGAGGACCAGUUUGUUGUACCUCGUGACCUCGAAGAAGAAGUGAAGGAACAAAUGAAACACCACCAGGAAAGCAGGCCUGAGCCUGAGCCCAGCCAAGAGGGUCGGACCGAGCUCGCAGAGGAGUUUGACACGGCGCUGUAGUCCUCCCCUGGGGGCCACGGCGCUGGGAAGGCUGUGAGGCGUGGGGUAGGGCACCCUGCCAGGGGCACUCUGCCUCUGCAUUUCUAAACCACAGAUGAGAGGGGGGUAGAACUCGGAGCCAGAAAUGGUGAGAGCUGUCAGGGUCUUGCUCUGGAUAAGCUAGUAAACACCAUCAGUGUUAAGUUUCACAUUUAACCUGCAUUGGGACCCCCAGGGCUACUGGGGAGCAGGCAGGCAUUGCCCUGUACCAGUCCUACCACCUGCCAUUAACCCUUUCUCUCCUAGGAUAAUUUUGAGAAUUUGCCUGCCUGGGCAGGAAAGGGACUAUUUCUGUGGAGGAAAUAACUGAAGAUUGAUUCCCUUUACUGAUUGCUGCUGUUGGAUCUCUGUGACAGAGAAAUCACCUUAUAUCUCAACCUGACGGGAUGCAACGUGACUAGUCACAUGGCUUUUCCUUCUUCUCUACGAGAAUACAGCCUAUCAAAAUGAUGUUUAUUGGAAAUGUAGAACCAAUCAAACAGAUAAUUUAUGUAUGUGAUGUAGUGAGAGCACUUUUCAUUGACUGUGAACUUUUUAUUUUUGAAUCUGCACUCGAGCCAGUCUUCUUAGAGGCCGCCCAGCGCCUUUGUCCACAGGCAGGAUGAUCGUCGGGUGUUGGAGCCGGCUAUGAGGGUACUAGGAAGGGCCCUGGGAAAUGGAUUUAACUGUUGGAUGUCAGACUGUGAAAGUUCCUGAGAAACAGGGGAGUAGGACCUUCUUUUGGGGAUGAAGAUGGGGAAGGAGUAAGGACUAAGACUACUUCCCCCCAAAUCACAGAAAGAGAAUAACUCCUUGACAGAUGUGACACCUGCUGGGAAUCUCCCAGCAGGUCACAAGAGAGGCAUUUGGGGAUUGGCCUCUUUCCAUAACACGUGACGGAGAUGGCAGUCAGCCUCCUAGCACGUAGGGCCAAGGCUGCUGCCGCUCACAUGCAAGUAACCUUGAGUUACAGAUGACUCUGAACAGACUGAGGCCGAACGAGCACAGAUGGGUGGAUGGAGCUUCCAGGUUAGGCAGGUUCCUUCUCUUACUCUAGAGCAGGGAGAUGGUUUUCUAAAACAUCAGGAGUGAGUUGAGGCUUCACCUCUUAAUGUGUAACAGAGUCUUCUUCUGAAAACGCUUAUCCGUCUCACAUGGUUUCACAGUACUGGGCUCAAUUUCUGAAAGACUUAAUUGAGAAAAUCCUAAGCUGACAGAAAACGUGGUUUACUGAUUUUUUUUUGCACAUUCCAUGUAACCCUUGCAAAAUGCAGUUCCUUCCAUAAUUCUGUUCUGUUGCCUUUUCUAUUAGAAGAUUUACUUAGGAAAAUUAAUUCCUCUUUAUUCCUGUGAAGUUUUGACAUUGCUUAAUGUUACCCAGUGGGGAAUGUGCUUUGAAUUUUUAGAAUACUUUCACAAUUAAAAAGAAAAUAGAGUGGAACCAUUUUUGUUUCAUGAGAAACAAAAUGUUAAAGAUAAGGUUAAUCUAUACAUAUAUUUGUCAUUUUUUUUUUUUGGGCAGGGGAAAGUUUUGUUAAAGCAGUGGUAGAAAACAAGAUGACCACUCCACAAAUGGUUAUGUAUCCUCAUCUUCUCAGAGGCCCCGUACCCAUGUGCGUGUGUCAGUGGGGUACACUCUUGCGGGGGGGGUUCCAUACCAAUGGCUGUCUAGUGUUCAACCCAUCAAGGAUCUGAAUUUGAGUCCCCAAAUUAUCAGGAACACAACUUUUCUGUGUCAAACUACUGGUUAGCUACUGCAAAAUUUUAGAACUCAGGUCUUGAUUUGAAGUGGGGAACAUAGUGGUUCAUGCAAAAUUCAGGUGCUGUAAGAAAGAUGGGAACAGUAGUGUGUUGCCGCCUUAUUUUUUAAUAGAAAAAUGGGGGGGAAUGAAAAUGAAGGGAAAAACCCAAGAUGAUAGUGUUGGAAAUUAUUUUGGGAAUAUACCACUUCAAUAGUAUAGUCUUUUAAAAAUUAUCCUUAAAAAAAAAAAAAUUAUCCUUUAUCUGUGAACCUUUUCUUGUCUUUGUUUCACACCCUACUAAUUGGAACCGCCACAAAACCCAGUUAUGAAAUGACUUUACUAAAAGUAAAUGUAUUUACUUUUUAGUCAGAAGGACCCUAAAGUUCCAAAUGUUCUUUUAUGUGGUAGAUUUAUGUUCAGGAAAUGUUAGGUUGUAUGAAAACCUUUAAUAUAGGCUACACCAAAACUGACUACUCUUUUUUGUAACUUCCUUUGAUUCAUUUCCCUCUAUAAUUGCUCUUUGUUAAAACAGGGGAUGAAAAGGCCAUAGCCCAUCACCAAAAAUACACAGAACUCUUUGACCUAUGAAGUCAUUUACAGUUAUUGUGUGAUCUGAUUAGGUUGUCAGGUGGUGAAAGCCAGUAAUCUGUCUCCAGGUGAAUGUAAUCUACUUCCCAGGACUUCACCCAGAGGAUGUGUUCCCCAGGUGGGCAGAGGCCCGUUGAUCUCUAGCCCAGAGAUCCCGGCCUCUGCAUGAUUCUCAGGUCCUUGUGCGUACCUCCCAUUUAAUAGAGACAUUUAAGAGAAUUUCUGAAAGAACAUCACUCCUGCUUAAUGGGAGCAGUCCAGGAGUCCCAUGGAAGAAAGAAAAAUACACAAGUCUUGGCAGCCAUGGUAUUUUUAUUUUUAUCCAAAUGGAUUGAAAAUACAUUUGAAAAUUUGAACGCUAGUAUGUCAUAAAUCUACCGUGCUACCAUAGAGUCAUUGAAUUACCACUCCUCAUUACAAGAGAGGGCUUUAUUAUACUACUGUAGAGUGUAUGUGUGCAAUAAGUUGAUGAAUUCAUUUUCCUGGUGUAUAGAAGAACCAACACAAGCAGCUUGGUAAUCAUUGGGUGCUAUUUUCUAGGAGAUGGAGCCGGUGAGGUUUGGCUGAUCUACUGAAUAUCAAAUGAUGCCCUUCUUUCCAUGUAGGCUUUCAGCAAAAGCAGGUACUUGGAAGCCACAGGCUCACCUUCUCUAUCUACUCAAUAAUUACUAAUGAAGAGACCUCCAUAAGGGAGCACUUGGCUGUUAUUGAUAAAUGUACCAAUUAUUAAAUAGUCUCCAAGCCAUUCAGUGAUGUCCUCUGCAUCACUAUAGAACUGUCUUGUGUCACUUUUUACUUCCCUCUGGGUGGGGACUUUCAGACUCCCCCAAUCAUGGAGGCAAGUUAAUCUUUCUCUCCAGUUAGUGACUUUUGCCCCAUAGUUGGGUAAGCACUUCCUGGGUUGAGAAAAGCAGCUACAGUAAAUCCUGCUCUGUUUCCCUCAUUUGAUGAUCAUUCAAUCACACAUAAGCUCCUUCGAAAUUUCAUGCACUUCUCCCAGAAGCUAUAGGGUUUUCUCUCACUGUUGCCAGUGGAUGUCAUCCAGACAGUGAGUUCAUAUCUUAUGGUUUUGUGCAAUCAUUGUCAUAUUGUAGUCCUAAGACUCAUUAUAGUGUAUUUUUGAUAUUUUUGAAAUGUGUUAAAUUUUUUAAUUCAAUAAUAUGAGCCAGAGCAUGUUGCAGCAAAUCUAUUGUUUGUAAAAAAAAUAAUAAAUAACAAUAACAAUAAUAAUAAAUAAAAUAAAAUGGAGUAUCUUUUUCAUGGCUUUGUUUUAAAA